GGAGCUGGGUUCCUGCAGCCCGCCAGCUUAUCGGGCACCCGGGGAGCCAGACGGUGGAACCCGCGGAAAUGGACGAUAAUAUGGAUUCAAAAUCCAUCCUGGAGGAACUUCUUCUCAAAAGGUCACAGCAAAAGAAGAAAAUGUCACCAAAUAAUUACAAAGAACGCCUUUUUGUUUUGACCAAAACAAACCUCUCCUACUACGAAUAUGACAAAAUGAAAAGAGGCAGCAGGAAAGGCACCAUCGAGAUCAAGAAAAUCAGAUGUGUGGAGAAGGUAAACCUGGAGGAGCAGACUCCCGUGGAGAGACAGUACCCAUUUCAGAUAGUCUAUAAAGAAGGACUUCUCUACAUCUAUGCAUUGAAUGAAGAGAGCAGAAGUCAGUGGCUGAAAGCAUUACAAAAAGAGAUAAGGGGCAACCCCCAUCUGCUGAUCAAGUACCACAGCGGGUUCUUCGUGGACGGGAAGUUCCUGUGCUGCCAACAGACUUGUAAAGCAGCCCCCGGAUGUACCCUCUGGGAAGCAUAUGCUGAGCUGCACACUGCAACCAGUGAAGAGGAUAGACCCCCCAUAUUCCCAGACCGGGUGCUGAAGAUUCCUCGGGCCGUUCCUGUUCUCAAAAUGGAGAAACCAUCUUCAAGUACCACACUAGCCCAGUAUGAUGGCGACUCAAAGAAAACCUAUGGCUCCCAGCCAAACGUCAACAUGCGGUACAUCCCAAGGGAAGACUGCCCUGACUGGUGGCAAGUAAGAAAACUGAAAAGCAAAUGCCUCACUGUGCCGAUGAUACAGCCACUGGGCCAUAUGGAACUUGAAAAAAUCAAUGAAGAUUUCGCAGGAAGUCACCAAAGGGAAACGCGUUUUGUAAACCAGAGCACCUCAAAAAUCUCAUGGGGAUUCCCUGAGUCCAGCUCAUCUGAAGAAGAGGAAAACCUGAAUGACUAUGACUGGUUUGCAGGUAACAUCUCCAGGUCACAGUCUGAGCAGUUGCUGAGACAAAAGGGAAAAGAAGGAGCAUUCAUGGUCAGAAAUUCCAGCCAGGUUGGGAUGUAUACGGUGUCCUUAUUCAGCCAUGCUGUGAAAGAUAAAAAAGGAGCUGUGAAGCAUUACCACGUGCACACAAAUGCAGAGAAUAAAGUGUACCUGGCCGAAAACUACUGCUUUGAUUCCAUUCCAGCACUGAUUCACUAUCAUCAACAUAAUUCAGCAGGCAUGAUCACCCGGCUCCGCCACCCUGUGUCGACGAAGACCAACAAGGUCCCCAUCUCUGCACCCCUGGGAAGUGGUGUCUGGGAACUGAAGCGUGAAGAUAUCAGCCUGCUGAAGGAGCUGGGCAGCGGGCAGUUCGGAGUAGUCCAGCUGGGCAAGUGGAAGGGCAAGUACGACAUUGCCGUCAAAAUGAUCAAGGAAGGCUCCAUGUCCGAAGAUGAAUUCUUCCAGGAGGCGCAGACCAUGAUGAAACUCAGCCAUCCCAAGCUGGUUAAAUUCUACGGCGUGUGUUCCAAGAGAUACCCCAUCUAUAUAGUGACUGAAUAUAUAACCAACGGCUGUUUGCUGAACUACCUGAAGAGCCAUGGCAAAGGACUGGAGCCCUCCCAGCUCUUAGAAAUGUGCUAUGACGUGUGUGAAGGCAUGGCCUUCUUGGAGAGCCACCAAUUUAUACACCGAGACUUGGCUGCUCGGAACUGCUUGGUGGACAGCGAUCUGUCUGUGAAAGUAUCUGACUUUGGGAUGACAAGGUAUGUUCUUGAUGACCAGUAUGUCAGCUCAGUAGGAACCAAGUUUCCCGUCAAGUGGUCAGCCCCAGAAGUGUUUCACUACUUCAAAUACAGCAGCAAGUCCGAUGUUUGGGCAUUCGGGAUCCUGAUGUGGGAGGUGUUCACCCUGGGGAAGCAGCCCUACGACUUGUACGAUAACUCCCAGGUGGUGGUGAAAGUCUCUCAGGGUCAUCGGCUCUACCGGCCCCAGCUGGCAUCUGACACCGUCUACCAGAUCAUGUACAGCUGCUGGCAUGAGCUCCCAGAAAAGCGUCCCGCAUUUCAACAACUCCUAGCUGCCAUUGAACCACUUCGAGAAAAAGACAAGCCUUAAAGAGGAAACUUGCGAGGAAAAAGGCCAGCCUUGAGAAGAAAUCUGCAGAGUUGAUGAGAAGGGGUAAACAUGUUGACCAGCAUGUUUGUGCUUUCUGAAAGAGAAAGUAGCAAGGCGAGAUUUCAUUUAGCUAGUGCUUCUCACUGCUGUUCUGUGUGCUGUGUGUCUGUUCUGUUAUCUAGACAGUCACAAGGUAGGAAAUGUGUAGGCUCCACUGAAUGGUUUUGUUUAUGCUGUUCUUAAGAGAAUCCUUCCCAAGCUCUAACAGGGGCAUGUUUUCUGAUUGCAAUAUGGAGAGGGUGUAGACCAUGUGUAAACACUGAACAGAAUUGAAAAAUGAUUUGUCUGAUG